UUGACAGUGACUUAGGGCAAAGAAAAUGAUUGGAAAAAUCUAUGUUUACAAAAGGAUUGAAAAAGUAACUAAUACCAAACAUUAUUUCUUUUAAUAUUAGUAAAAUCAGCAAAUUGAACAUAUUAUCAUGUGAUAAAUAUCCAAACAUAAUGACUACAAAACUCCCGAAAGGUGCCUUAAGUCUAAAACAGUUUCUGCUCCGCCAAGAGGUAUUAAAAUUGUACAAAGACAUAUUUCGAACUCUAAGGAAAGUGCCCGAUGCGAAAACUCGCAAAGAACUCGAGGAAUGGACUAAAAAUGAUUUCCGAAAUAACCAACAUCAUACAGACAUAGUCACAAUAAAAUCUAUGCUUCACUAUGGAAGGAAAUCUUUAAAAGAUUUACAAAGAUCUCUAUCCCUAAGUGAUGGCUAGUUUUAUGCAGAUAAUACUUAGGUUAUAGGUGUAAAUAAUAAUAAAUUACCUUUCUGUCAUAA